UCCCUGUCCUUAUCUUUCCCUUCUGUCUCCAUGGCGACUCACCACCUCGCUCGCCUGCAUCCCAGCCUCUGCCAGGGAUUCUGGGCCUGGCUCCGUCCCUCCCUCCUCCAGAGCCCUGGUUCCCGCAGUCCUGUCUCCUCCCCCUGGGGUGAGUCCAGAGGCAGCCUCCUCUUCCCUGACUGUCACAUCUAUUUUCCAGCUCUGACGAGUCCGGGUCGGCUCCUCUGGGGAGACCAUCCCCCACCCACCCACCCACCCUCCACCUGCCACAGCUCAGCUGGCCCCUCCAGGAGGAAAGCCAUCCCUGCUGCCGCUGACCGGGUCUCUGCCUCGGGCCUCCUCUCUCUGCUUGCAGACCUCUCCCCACUCCCAGCCCCCCCAUGCCGAGGUCCGCCUUGUCAAUCAUCUCCUUUUGUCACCGGCUCGGCAAACAGGAGAGAAAACGGAGCUUCAUGGGAAGCAGUCGCAACAGUUGGUCCCACACGCCCUUCCCCAAGUUGGAGCUGGGCCUGGGGUCCCGGCCUGCGACGCCCCGGGAGCUUCCUGCCUGCUCCAUCUGCCUGGAGAGGCUGCGGGAACCCAUCUCGCUGGACUGCGGCCAUGACUUCUGCACGCGCUGCUUCAGCACACACCGCGUCCCCGGCUGCGAGCCGCCCUGCUGCCCUGAGUGCCGGAAAAUCUGCAAGCAGAAGCGGGGCCUCCGGAGUCUGGGGGAGAAGAUGAAGCUCCUGCCGCAGAGGCCUCUGCCCGCUGUGCUGCAGGAGACCUGUGCCGUAAGGGCCGAGCCGCUGCUGCUGGUGCGAAUCAAUGCCUCGGGGGGCCUCAUCCUGAGGAUGGGGGCCAUCAACCGUUGCCUGAAGCACCCCCUGGCCAGGGACACCCCUGUCUGCCUCCUGGCUGUCCUUGGGGAGCAGCACUCAGGGAAGGCCUUCCUCCUCAACCACCUGCUCCGGGGCCUGCCUGGCCUGGAGUCAGGGGAGGGCGGCUGGCCAAGAGGAGGGGGGUCCCUGCAGGGAUUCAGGUGGGGUACCAAUAGCCUCACGAGGGGCGUAUGGAUGUGGAGUCACCCCUUCCUGCUGGGGAAGGAGGGGAGGAAGGUGGCCGUGUUCCUGGUGGACACAGGGGACGCCAUGAGCCCAGAGCUGAGCAGAGAAACCAGGACCAAGCUCUGUGCCCUCACCACGAUGCUGAGCUCCUACCAGAUCCUCAACACCUCCCCGGAGCUGAAGGAUACAGACCUGGAAUAUUUGGAGAUGUUUGUCCAUGUGGCCGAGGUGAUGGGCAGGCAUUAUGGGAUGGUGCCAAUCCAGCACCUAGAUCUCUUAGUGCGUGACUCAUCCCACUCCAACAAGGCCGGGCUGGGCUGCGUGGGUGACAUCAUCCAGAAAUCCUCCGGCAAGUACCCCAAGGUUCAGGAGCUGCUCCAAGGGAGGCGAGCCCGCUGUUACCUCCUGCCCGCUCUGGGGCGGCAGUGGGCCAGCAAAGGCCACGGAAGCCCCAGCGACACAGAUGACGAUUUGGGCCACCUCUGUGCCUACGUGGCAGAUGUGCUGAGCGCAGCCCCCCAGCACGCCAAGAGCCGCUGCCAGGGCUACUGGAGCGAGGGCCGCCCGGUGGCCAGGGGGGACAGACGCCUGCUCACGGGGCAGCAGUUAGCUCAGGAAAUCAAGAACCUCUCGGGCUGGAUGGGGAGGACCGGGCCUGGGUUCGCCUCCGCAGACGAGAUGGCCGCCCAGCUGCACGACUUGAGGACAGUGGAAGCUGCCAAGAAGGAGUUCGAGGAGUACGUGCGGCAGCAGGACGUGUCCACCAAGCGCAUUUUCUCCGCGCUCCGGGUGCUGCCCGACACCAUGCGCAACCUCCUGGCGGCGCAGAAGGAUGCCAUCCUGGCCCGCCACGGGGCCGCCCUGCUGUGCAAGGGCAGAGAGCAGACCCUGGACGCCCUGGAGGCCGAGCUGCAGGCCGAGGCCAAGGUCUUCAUGGACUCGUACACCAUGCGCUUCUGUGGCCACCUGGCCGCCGUAGGGGGCGCCGUCGGGGCCGGGCUUAUGGGCCUGGCGGGUGGCGUGGUGGGCGCGGGCAUGGCCGCGGCCGCGCUGGCUGCCGAGGCCGGGAUGGUGGCGGCCGGAGCCGCGGUGGGGGCCACCGGGGCCGCCGUGGUCGGGGGCGGCGUGGGCGCGGGCUUGGCUGCCACCGUGGGCUGCAUGGAGAAGGAGGAGGACGACAGGGUGCAGGAAGGGGACCGAGAGCCCCUGCUGCAGGAAGAGUGAGGGUGCCCAGGAGGCGGAAGGGAGGGAGAGAUGCCAGGUGGGGGGGAAGGAGGUGAGGGGGGGGGUUGGGGGUGGUGCGGUCGGCCCACCCGGCUGUGUCCCGCACUGUCCCGUUGGAAAGCCCAGUGUCUGGGUGGCUGACUGAGCUGGACAAUUGAGGUGGCUCCAGGAUCCCUGGAGAGCCCGCCCGGGCCCAGGAGGUGGUGUGUGGGGGCAGGGAAUAGAGUACAGGACCUGUUUCUGGUGGCAGACCAUCAACCUGCCAGGUUCCCAGGUCCGCUGGGCCCCAGUGUCUCCCACCAAGAGUGAGGCUCCACGCUCCCCCCUGGUUUAUUCCCCUCUGAUGACCCCGGACUGUAGGAAGGCUGAGAAGGUGCCCUUCUGGAAGUCUCCCCUGGGGAGAGAGGAUUCAGCCCUUUACAGAUGGGAGAAGUCCCAGGUGGAGUGACCUUGGUGCUCAGGCUCCGAGCACAAAGGAGGGGCUGAGGGGAGAAAGAGAAGGAGGGGCCACCGGGCAAAACCAAAGAAUCCAGGUAUGGUGGACAGGGGCCUGAACCCCAGAGUGGAGCUGCUUGAUCUGACGACACUUCCCCAAGCUGUCCCAGGAGGAUAAUGGUGGCCUCCCCCACCCUCUGCCUCCCCACGGAGGCUACCUGUGCACUUUGAAUGGGGGUCCCUGC